UAAUCUGUGUUUUUGCCAAGUUCUAGUUAAUAUGUAUUCGACUUAAAAGCGCUCGUUUAUUAGUAACAAAACAUUGUCAGAAACCACCAUGAUCUACAUAAGUGAACUCAUAACUUAACAGCGCGUUAAAGAACUGAAAAAGCAAAAUAUUUAGCUAAUGCGUCUGUUUUUUCGAUACUCCGUUUCUAACCAACGUUUUUCCCACUUGAAGAUAUCUAAUCAUGAAUCUUAUUGAGGUCGGUCUCACAACUCUUCUAUUACAACUUUACAGUAGAAAUGCAUGCAGCUCAUACUUUUUCUCUUUAAAGGGUGGAGAUAAUUUACUAGUGUACAGUAUUAAUAUAUAUUUUCAUACAUUGCAAAUAGAGAUAUGCGGCGCUUUAUUUUGUUGUUCCUCGCCGUGACUGUGUUUUUAUGGGCAACGCCAGGCUUUCCAUUGGAUCAGGAUGGAAGAAAAACAUCUUUCUUAUGUUUAAAUGAAGAAAACAAGCCAAAAUUGUUGGAAUCUCCACUGAGACCAUCCAAUGAUAAUGUAUUCAAACAAAUUCGGAAAUGGCGCAAGAAGAUUAAAAAGUCUGGUAGAAGAAGACCAAAACUUCCUAUUUGGAUUGUUUAUGAAAGUAUUGUGGAAUCCCUACGCAACAGCUUGACAUAUGACGAAUACGAACUUAAUGUGAGAUUGUUGAAGUUGAAAGCAAACAUAGAAGAAGCUUCAAAGUAUUGCAUCUCCAAGAAUUCACAAACUCAUCAAAAUGAUUUCCAAUGUCCACUUCCAACUGAUAUUUCCCACAAUGGCAAAUGUUUUCGCGGCAUAAUACACAAACUCGAUAACGUUACGUAUGAUGUGGCAUCGAAAUUUUGCUCUAAAAUUGGAUGGAAGCUAGCGAAUAUUUAUGAUGGUACACAUUAUGUGAAGAUAGCAAAGUAUCUACGAAAUGAAUUUACAACCGCGGAGGCACUGGACACGACCGCCUGGCUUGGAAUGUCUCACGAUCACCGAAUGCAAACUCUGCGUUAUUCAUCCGGGGAACCUGCGACGAAAGUUGAGAUGGCAUUAGUGCCGAUCAAUUUGUCCGUGAAUGUUUCAUUUGCCAAAAUGGCAAUUCACAUUCAUCGUUUAUCGAGCGAAGAUUCUUACGUUCAUGAUUCUCCAAGGGAUAACGCUGUAGGAAAUGGAGCACUGUGUGAAUAUCCACUAGAGUAACUUGAUUAUUUGAGGAAAAUACAGGAUUAUAGUCAGGC